GUAUAUUGCCAUCGUGUUCCCAAUCAAAGCUCACAUAUUCUGCACUAAAAGAAGAGUUCUCGUCGUCAUUGUAUGUAUUUGGUUGUUCUCUGGACUCUGCUCAACGCCGACAACUGUUUUCAAUCGUGUGCUACGGUUAUCGGAGACUCCACCUCAGGACUUCUGCAUUAUUCAGUUCCACACUAACAGAAGUCAACACGAAGUAUACAACCGCAUUUUUAAAUACACAGAGUGUUCGUUGUUUUACUUGGGUCCACUAAUGAUCCAGGUUGUAUGUUAUACUGUCAUCGGCAAACGUCUUUUUGUAGGUGUGGAGAAACUACAUGGAAACACGGGAGGUAUCAGUUCAGCAACUCGCCCAAAUGGCAGAGGACCGCGAGUAGUAAACGAAGCAAUUCGAGCAAGAAAAGGGGUUGUGAAAAUGCUGAUGGCGAGCGUUGCCAUUUACUUCCUCAGCUACUCUCCGCAUCAGAUUCUCUUGUUCUACAACACUUUUUCCACCGCUGGAUUCGACAAGACUUGGGUUUUUCACGUCUUCACAACAAUACUGGCCUAUAUUAAUUCCGCAGCAAAUCCAGUACUUUACUGCGUGUUUAGUGACAAUUUUCGCAGUAAAUUUAAAAUCAUCUUUCACAGAUUCAUCUGCUGCAAGUCUUUUUGUUGUCGUGAAAACACAACUAUGUCAAGGCCAAUAAAUCUUCAGUCCUACACGGAGUACACUACUCUUGUUCGGAAAAACACACAGAAUCAUAACAAUACUUCAGCUGUUGCUUUAUAA